GCUGCACCCCAGACAUCCGGGUAACUUCCUUGGAGGCCGGAGCCGAGAUGGCGGUUGAGUCUCGCGUCACGCAGGAGGAGAUCAAGAAGGAGCCGGAGAAGCCCAUCGACCGCGAGAAGACGUGCCCGUUGUUGCUGCGGGUCUUCACCACCAACAACGGACGGCACCACCGCAUGGACGAGUUCUCGCGCGGCAACGUGCCCUCCAGCGAGCUGCAGAUCUACACCUGGAUGGAUGCAACUUUAAAGGAGCUGACAAGUUUAGUGAAAGAAGUCUAUCCAGAAGCACGGAAAAAGGGAACACAUUUCAAUUUUGCCAUUGUUUUUACAGAUCUCAAGAGACCUGGUUAUAGGGUGAAAGAAAUUGGCAGUACGAUGUCGGGAAGAAAGGGCACAGAUGAUUCCAUGACGCUGCAGUCUCAGAAAUUCCAGAUAGGGGACUACUUGGAUAUAGCAAUUACGCCUCCAAAUCGGGCACCACCCCCAUCAAGCCGCAUGCGACCAUAUUAAAGUGUCAUUUUUUUGUAGAUGACUGUAUCUUCCAGUGGGUUUCACAUGCUGUAGGAAACAGGCCUUUUUUAUUACUAUUGCUAAGCAAGAUCUGAAAACACUUCUAAGCCUUGACAACAAGAGUUAAAUAAUUAAUUUUACUGCGUGAGUUUAAAAGAAACAGUAUCUGAAUCUGCUUUGUUAUCUCUUCUUUCCUAGCUGUUAUGAUAUGAAAAGUGAAUAGAAAUGUUCAGUGUUUCAAGAUUUAUGUAAAAUGUGACUGAGAGCUUAGAAGUGCUCUUACCAUUCUGUUAAAAGCCAUGUAGAGUGGAAUAACAUUAUUAUUGUUUUGAACAUGUUUCUGAGUUUGAAGACUAGAUCAGGCCUGAUUUAAUGGUGGUUGAGCUUGAUUAAAAACAAACCGCUCACAGGA